GCCCCCGCCCCGGACCCCGAGCGCAUCCAGCGCCUCCGCCGCCUCAUGGUAGUCAAAGAGGAAGGGGACGGGGCCGCCAGGGAGAGCCGGCGAGGUCCGGGCCGGAGCAGGAAGGCGCCGCGCAAUGUGCUCACGCGAAUGCCCUUGCACGAAGGCAGCCCUCUGGGUGAACUCCAUCGUUGUAUUCGGGAAGGGGUAAAGGUGAAUGUUCACAUCCGCACUUUCAAAGGACUUCGGGGAGUCUGCACAGGCUUCCUCGUUGCAUUUGACAAGUUCUGGAAUAUGGCACUUACUGAUGUGGAUGAGACCUACCGAAAGCCUGUUCUGGGCAAAGCGUAUGAGCGGGAUUCUUCAUUGACUCUCACAAGGCUGUUUGAUCGGCUGAAACUUCAAGAUUCCUCCAAGAAGGAAGUAGAUUCUAAGUCUGCAGUCGAAGACUCUACUUUGUCCAGAUACUCCCAGACAUCCACUUGGAAGGAGUAAAAUGCAUGAAUUGCUGCUAUGCUGUAUCCUAGUAUCCCAGUGAAACCCUGAGUUAGAAUGAUUCCCUCUGGUACUGCACGUGCUGAGGAGAGAGCCAGGCUUGGGCUCUCUGGGAGACGAGCUCCUUCAAGGGGAGAGAGGCCUUGGGAGGGUGAGUGUUCGCAUUACUAUCAAGGCAAAAACUGCACUUGGGUACACACAUCUUGUUUGGUAUUAUGGUCUACCUCAGACACUCAAACCAAAUGUAAGAUCUUCCGUUCAAAUCAGGGGUCAUGGUAUGAACUGAAUUCACUGCACAGACUCUAGAGCAUGGUGGCGGGAAGCGCACCUCAAAAAGAAUGGUCUCUGUUCUGAAAACUAGUGCCCUGAGUACUCAAGAGUUUGGUUCUGAGAGUAGCAGUAUGAGUUGCCCUGGAGCCCUGUACCCACAUCUUGUAACUGAUCAUUGAAUUUUGCUCUACACUGUUCUCUCGAUCAAGAAAUGUAAUCUGUUAUCUUUGGUUAUCUAUAAAAUCUAAGAAAGCUACCAACUUAUGUAAGGGUGGAAUUUGAAUAGUUGCUGUGCUCAAAGCAGCCCUCAAUGAACGCCAUUUUUAUCCCUCUCAUUAUGAAAAGGAAUAUGGGACCUCAGCAGUCUUCCCUUUACCAGAGGUAGCUUCUGUGAAUGGCAUGCCAGAUGGGACUAUAAGAUGUUUGUGUGGUGGCUUCUUGACUUUCUAACAUCUGUGGCAUGGUGCUAGUGCAUGUACCGUAUGUCUUGCCCCUCUGUGACCUGUCCUGUGAGCUUUAUGGCAGGAGACUGUGACCUUCAUGUCUGGCUUCAAAGAGUUCUGCAUGAACUCAGUUAGACACAUGCAUCACACAGCUGAGAGUCCCCUUCCCAGGCAGGGCUGGCCCUGUGUAGAAUGUCUUUCCAAAUGAUUUUCCGUGAAAUAGGGGUGGUAGUUUUAUUCCAUGUGUCGGGCCAAAGAGAUUCUCACAAACUAUAGUGGUUGGUGUCUGUAAGGGACACUUUACUCACAGCCUGGCUUCAAUAACAGGAAUACCACACCACUCUCUAAUACUACUUGAAUCAUGUAUUAUUUUUCAGUCACCAAUGCAGAAUAGGCUAUAGCUUGACACAGCCUCCGAGGCAAUAUUGAUUUUUUUUUUGUUUUGUUAGUUUAUAUUUGGUUUUAUUUUAGGUAACUCAUGUUCAAAGUGUGAAGUAGCUAACUAGUUAAAAUGCUUGAAAAGAAAAAUUUCCCGUGCUAUAUUUGUUGUUUAACUUACAUAAGCCUUCUGAGAGCAGGGUGAAUAAAGUUUGUGGAGCUAGGACUCCUGGUCCUUCUGGUCCUCCAGCUGGGUCCCUGGCUCAUUGUAUAAUGAAUGAAAAGAGAACAGACUUAACCCCUCUGUGCAUCAGUUUUUCCUCAUCAGACACCUACCUCACAUAGCAGUGAGACAAAGACUCUUAGGAAGACAUUUUACCGUCUCUAAACAUGUUUAAGUGCCAUGAGUAAUUUUUACUAACUCUUGUGUCACAGUUUGGUAAGAACCCUGUCUUAAGAGCAAGGCAGGUGCUACAUACAUAAGAAAGUGAUCUCUGUAGGUGUCAGAAUUAUGAUCUUGUUGUGUCAGACAGCAGUGUUAUCUUCAGGAACUAUUAUCAUAUUCCAUUCCUUCCUCCAAAGGGGCAGCGGAAGUUUCAGAAGCAUAUCUGCAGUAAGAGGAGAGUAGCAUUGCUUUGCUGCUCCCCUUGCAUCUCAGCCUUCACCCUUUUCUGAGUAUCAGAAAGAAUUCCCCUGAACUUUUCAGGGGGUUAUAUGAUAGUACUAAAGGGAGAAUGAGCAUCUAAAAAUGAUUCAUCCCCAAAGGGGAAUUUGUGGAAAUUGUUUUAUUUAUGUUUAUUGUAAAAUGCAUUUUAAAUAUACUUUUUAGAGCCACAGCAGUUGCAUUAAACAUUUAGACAGAUCCUGGGUCACAAAUUUGAACAGUCAUCUUUGAAUCUGCCAAUCUAAUCUCUUCUAAAUAGGGUGUCUAAAUCUCAGUUCUCCAGUUAUUAGUCACCAGGUACCCCUGCCUCUACCUCUACCAGCCUCCCCGUUUGGCCGUCCACAUCUGUCUGCCAUCUUGUCCCUCAGCUAGAAACUGUAAUGGAUACUAAAUUUUCCCAGUAAAGUAGAAAUUUGGAAUCAAAAGAAAUAUUAUCAAUUUCCAUUCAUUAUAGUGGCUGAUUAAAUCUAACCUAAUUUAUUUUAAACACAUUCUGGUUUUCAUGUUUGCAUAUAAUUUUCAUAUGUCCAUAUAAAGAUUGAUUUACCACUUAUCUGCCCAACUUAACAAUUCUGGCUUUGAAAAUUAUUUUAAAACUGCACGUGAUCUGUCUUAUGUGUCCAUUUAUUUGUUUGUUUUGGACACCGAUUUUGGAAUAAACUAUCUAAUGGUAAAUGUGCUAAUUUGUACAAAGCAUGAUAAUUUUUUAGAGAAUUGUUUAUUAUUGGAGAAAUUUUCCAUAAGGAAGAAAAAAUAGGUCCUAACAAUGUAUAUGCUGCUCUAAAAAUGUGAUCAUCUAGGACGUUGUAGUUGCUAUGGCAAUAACUGAUGUUUUCCUCAGGAGAACGAGAGAGAAAAGGAAAGCAACAGCUAGAAUGGUAAGAGUCCUAGAGACCCCCCACCCCCAGCUCACCUGAGGGGGUUUCUAAGCAGCCGAAGUGCAGCAAAACUAGUUUCUAGUGUUCUCCAGGGAUUUGAGUUUGGGAAACUUGGUAGGAAUAGUACUUACUUUUGAACAUCCAACUUCAGUCCUUCAAAGUAAUCUCUAAACAUGGGAAUGUGUUUCCCAGACAAUUCAAAGGGCAUACCCAUACAGUUGUUGAGGUCUUCUUAGGAGUUGCCAGCUUUGUUAGAUAAGAACAAGGGAUUGAGAAAAGGAAGGUACAGUUUCACACUCAGAAUGAUUUCAUGUGCCAUUCUUUGCACAUAGAGGUUAUUCCACCCCUCUUCCACUAGGAGAACUUGAACUUCAGGUUGUAUGUUCUAGUAUUUGGGAAGCAUUUAUACACUUCCCUUCAGAAAUCAUCUUACGACAGGUGGGCCGUUGGUGAGGUGGUUUGCCAGAAUUAGCAGUGUCCAGUUAGUAGCCUGCUGUCUGUGCAUGGUGCAUGUCAAAUCAGAAAGCCUAGAAAUGAUUAGUAAUAAAGUCUAGGUGCAUGGGAAUCCUUGCUAUGAGUUGUUGGUGAAUCAAGAGGGGCUAUGUCUGUUUUCAUGAUGAAACCAUCCAGGAGUACCUUUACUGAUUGUCAGGUCAUGAGCUGUGAGCUGCCUGUAAUCCUCAGAAGCUUUACAGAAAUGUGGGUGUACUGCUUCCAUCCUUUGAGAAAAAGUAGAAGCCUAACUUGAUGCAGAGUAGACUUGUUUUUCUAUUUGCAGUAUUACUGAAAUAGCUGACAUGGGUAAAAAAGAAUAAAUUCUAUAAAAUACUUCUUUAAAUUUUGUCUAAAUUUUGCUUUUAGGAAAAAAUUAAAAUUAUUCAAAGACAGCUAGCUGUCACUGGUGCUGCCCCAGAGCUUUCCAAUCCUUUAUGUAUUUUUUAUGAAUGAAAUACUUGCUGUAGGAAGGUCAAGAUUUAUAUAAGAGUAUAAUGGUAUAUAUAAUGGUUGGUUUUGCAGCUUUUGUAAUUUUUCUUUUUCUGUGCCAGAUAUAGUAUACAGUCGACUCUUUUUCACUAACUUCUGUUCACCAACUUGUAUUUUUCUGGGCAGUAAUCCCCAAAAGGCUUUUCUUAGUGAUUGUAAAGCAAGACUAUCUUAUCUGGGCCUGUGUUGCAAAGGUGGGUGGUUUGUCAUUACUUUCUGGUAAAUUGGGUUGAUGGAUAUAAGAUAAACCUUUGGGGUUCCUGUCAGUUUCCUGGGCUUUGAGGAAGGGUUGGUUCUUCUUUACUCUCUGUCUUUUGAGUAUUUUUCAAAUAUUUGUAAGUUCUCUUGCACUCUGAUAAAAAUGAAAGCUCUCUGUCAGGGAAUGGCUUUGGAUGGUUUGGAGAUCUAGGGGGAAAAAUAAGUACACCUGAGACCUUCAGUUGGCCUUUUAUUUAUUUAUAAUAAAAAGUAGUUUGAUAAGCUACCAGAGUUAGUGUUUCUUUAAAAACACUCUCUGAAAAGAUGGGAACUGUCCCUAUAGGAAAGCUGUAAAAGCUAUUCCCAAUACAUUGCAAUUGCUUUUGAUUUUUAGUCUUUCGGAGCAAAUGUCUGAUGUUAUGUCUGAUGUUAUAUUUUUAGAGCUGUGGGGAAAAAAUGUCUAAAAAAUGUAAGGGAUAUGAUUUAAACAAUGAUUACCUGGGUGAAUUAUGUGUGAGCCAGGUUUUAGGGCAGCUGUCCAGUUCUUUUUCUGUAAUCCGGACUAUAAAGCCAAUAGUAAGCGAUGUCUUGAAAAGUGAUUUACUUAUUUCAUAAUGACAUCUAAAGACAUUAGCCUUCUGGGCUACCCUGGGGAUACCCCCCCCAUACCGUGACUUAUUAAUAUUUUUUAGGCAAGGCUAAACCUGGAUGACUAUAAAUUUAUAGUUUUUCUACUCAUAUACCAGCUGCUAAAAGAAAAACCAUGACUUGUAAUCUUGUCUUGAAAUUACUCCUAAUUGUUACGUUCACCUAACCCCUUCCUGUUUAGGGAGGAUUGCUGCUAGUAAUAUCAGUUUGCAGUUGUUCUGCUUUAGGUAUGUGUCAUAUGGGAGUCUGGAAACUGUAAUAAAUAUGAUUGUAUUAAUGUA